UAGUGAUCAUACCUACGGGAUCCUCGAUCUCGCUUUGCGUCUCGUCUUCCUGCUUCUCGCGGUUAUCGUAAACGCGAUGUUUAAUGCAAAAAUGUUUGCGAUGCGGGACGCCCGGCUGUUUUCCUCAUUAAAGAGAACGCUCCAAAUUUAUGGGGAUGUCGGUGUUGCUAGACUGCUACCGGUAGCUUCUGCGAUGCAUCUAUUACCGGAACACAGAAAUGUUCACACGACGUCGAUACGUAGCACGCUGCCUGCAGUCGAAAGUAUGCGGCCAAUGGGAUUGUUUGAGAGGUUUUGCAAUAAAACUGGUCUCUUAGAUAUCCAAAAAUAUAGACACAUGGCACUUGCUUAUAUGGUGUAUGAAAAUGUAAUGAGUCAAGUAGACUUCCCAUUUUUCUAUAAACAUUUUAACAUGCCUGAUACAUAUUUCUCAUGGUUUUUGGUAAUGGAGCUUCAUGUGUGGAUGAUAAUGACUCGCUAUAUGGCCGAAGGUAAACGAGGGAAAUUCAUCAGAAAUCAUGUAGUAGCAGCAAUGUGGGAAGAUGCAGAUGCUAGGAUACUAAAUCUUGGUCCUACCAUUCCUGGGAAGAUCAAGAGGAAGCAAGUAAUAGAAUUAGCACAACAAUUCAAUGCUGCUAUAAUAGGAUAUGAUGAAGGUAUACAGUGCGAUGAUAGGACACUAGCGGGAGCACUGUGGAGAAGAAUCUUCACUCUUGAAUGCAAUAAUCCGGAACACAUAGAAACGCUCGUCAUCUAUGUUAGAAAACAAAUUUGCUUAUUUGAUGAUUUACCCAGCCAUGAAAUUUUGAAGAAACCUGUCUUCAAAUUGAUAGACAUAAAGAGUUUAUGUAAGCAUCACUAAACGUUUAUGGGCUUACAUUGAACAAAUACAAUAGACAAGAGAUGGUAGAAGUAUGUAACAAUAUUCUAAAAAUUGUACAAAAAAAGGUAGUAAUAAAUAUAACAUAUACUGUUGUUUUUUC